AUGGGUACGUGCCGGGAUGGACAUUUCAACUUGGAUGUUGAGAUGAUUGCUAACGCCCUCCGUGUUGAUAUAGAAAAAACACCAAGGUUUCCCAUGAAAGACUGUCAAACAACCGUUAUUAAAACAUAUGACAUUUCGAUAAGCAGAAGAAAAGCAUAUCUUGAUCGCAAGCGUGCUUUUGAAAAAGUUCAUGGAAGCUUUGAAACACUUCAAUCGGGAACAAUAGUUGAAUGGAAAACAGAGCGGUGUGUCGAUGUCAUUGAAGGUGUAUUCAACUAUGUGUUCUGGACUUUUAAACUAUGCAUUGAUAAGUUUGUGUUUUGUCGUCCUGUUAUAUCGAUCGACGGAACACAUGUCUAUGGAAAAUAUGAUAUCAAGUUGUUGAUUGCGAUUGCAACGGAUGGUAACGGCUCAAUAUUACCUUUGGCAUUUGCAAUAGUUGCGAAUGAGAGCAUGGAGACAUGGAGUUUAUUUUUGGAUCAUUUGCACUUGCACAUUGUUAAGGGUUGUAAAGGUGUGGCAUUGAUUUCAGAUAGGCAUCACAGAAUACUCUCAUCCGUCUGCAAAUCACUGUCAGGAGAAAAAGUUUUUGAAACAAUGGAGAUGAUUAAGGAGAUUAACCCGGAAACGUAUGUGUGGUUAAUGAAGAACGAUCUUGACAAAUGGACAUUGCACAGGGAUGGAGGUAGGAGAUGGGGCAUGCUGACAACAAACAGUUUCGAGUCAUUCAAUGGUCGUCUUAAAUCAGCCAGGGGCCUGCCAGUUACUGCAAUGGUAAGACUCACUUACAAUCAGAUUGUGAACCGAUUUGUUACAAGAUCAAAAUUUGUCAAUCAGCUAGUACAACAAAAGCAACAAUGGAUGCCUAAACCAUUCAAGAUUUUUGAGGAUGAUCGAAAAAAGUCACAGCGUAACACACUAAUCAACUAUCACCAACAAAGGAAAAACAUAUUUGAGGUGCAGACACAUAUGCAUCAUGGUUGUGGUGGUAAUAAGCACAUUGUAAAUGCAUCACAAGGAAAAUGUCAAUGUGGUAAAUGA